UUUGUUACCAUACACUUACAAGUUACAAUAUGCUUAUAUAAAAACAUAUGCAAAUUACUAUGAUAACUCCAAUUGUAUUUGACACUCUUACUUACUUAAACCAGAAACCAUCCCCAAAACUUUUUUCUUCUCCUUCUUUUGCAGUGUUUCAAAUCAAACAAAGAUGUUAAGUUCAAAUUCUACACGUGAGAUUCAUCAAAAGAAUGUUCUUCAAAUUAAACAAGAUGACAAAUUUUUCAGCAGGCUACUUUCAAAGGAAAGUUCCAAUUGUAACCCAUCUUUCAGAGUUUCUGUUGCUGUUCCAUUUGUUUGGGAAUCUCAACCUGGCACUCCCAAAUACACAUUCUCUGAAACCACUAUUCCUCCCCUCACACCUCCACCUUCCUAUCAUUUCAACAAUAUCAAUAAUAGCACCAAAAAGAAUGAAAAAAAACACUCAAAAUUCAAUCUUCUUUUGGCUUUGCUACAAAAACUAAACCUCAAGAAAAUCAACCAGUCUUCGUGGUCCUCGCCGUCUUCGUUGUCAUCUUUAGACCCUUCAAAUUCAUCAUCAGCAGUAGAUUCUUCGAAAAUUAACCCCGCGACGAGGGGUAGGAGGAGAUUCUUAAGCCAUGGAUCAUCUUUUGACUUCAGUGUUGAAAAUGAAGAAAAUGAUGGUGCUGGUUCACCAACUUCAACAUUGUGCUUUGGAAUUCCUCGUUCUGCCAGUUCUAACAGUGGCUUCCAAAGUAACUACAAGAGGCGCAUAAGGUAGGGCUCCGCAAAUCCACGUUCACAAUCAAUGCAGCUUUCCAUGAGACAGAGACAAGUCGGAGAUAAUUUUGAGACAGGGUAGAUUAGAUUCAGUGUGUAUAGUGUAUAUCAGUUUGAUCAAAUGGUAAAACAAUUGAUCCACCAUAGACCACACUUGUAAAUGUUAGAAUUGACCAUAAUCAAUAAAAAAGCUGUCGAGUU